AUGGCUAAGAGACAGCGCGAAUUGUACGACCAAGUCAAGAAUGCGAGUGGAACGCUCCGGCAGAUGGGCGAUGUUGGAGCGCAGGCGAUUGCUGAGGCACUCAAAGUGAACACGACGGUGACUGGGAUUUAUCUGUGGGCGAAUCAGAUUGGUGAUGUUGGUGCGCAAGCGAUUGCUGAAGCACUCAAAGUGAACAAGACGUUGACUGAGCUCUAUCUGCACCAGAAUCAGAUUGGCGUUGCUGGAGCGCAGGCCAUUGCAGAGGCACUCAAAGUGAACACGACGUUGAAGGACCUCUUUCUGGCUGAGAAUCAGAUUGGUGAUGCUGGAACAAUUGCGAUCGCUGAGGCUCUCAAAGUGAACAAGACGCUGUCGUGGCUCGGUUUGAUUGAUAAUCAGAUUGGCGAUGCUGGAGCACAAGCGAUUGCUGAGGCACUCAAAGUGAACAUGACGCUGACGCAUCUCGAUCUGCACCGGAAUCAGAUUGGCGAUGCUGGAGCGCAAGCGAUUGCAGAAGCACUCAAAGUGAACACGACGCUGACUUAUGUCUCUCUACGAUUCAAUUGCAUUGGUAAUGCUGGUCUUCAAGCGAUUGGUGAAGCGCGUCAAGUCAACCGGACUCUGACUAGACUUAUAAUCGAUGACCAGAUCAACCCUCUUGCAUUCUCCUUGCUUUCACGAUUGGCAACUGCUGAAGACCUUCAGACCGUGUUUCACUUGCUGACUGGCGGGCUGGCGCUGGAGGAUCAACCCACAUCUCUACCAGCACUGCCAACCGAGAUUGUCGAGCUCAUUUUGGACGAAGCGCACUACUGGCAAGGCGUGCAGCACACCAAGCGAUCGCGGUUUGGUGAUGAUACUCCCAAGCGUAUUCUGAAAGUCACACUGCCUCAGCGCGUCAAUGGGAAUUCGAUCCGUGUGAAAGCAAUUCAUGUGCUUCGUGACACGAGAAACCGUUCCGACCGUAUCGAUGACAGCGGCUUUGAUUUGAUUGUUAGAGAUGAGCGAGGUGCUGUUCGAUACGAAUGCUCGGAGAAAGCGACAAUCGUCAAUUCGAACCUCGAGCUUGUGACAGUCCUGCCAGCUAACCAUCCUGUCAUCCGACACAUGCGCGCGGGUUGGCAGGUUCAAGUUCGAGCCAGCAAGUCUCCCGACGAUGUGCUGUAUGAAUCGCUUUAUGUUGGCUAUGUCUAAGAAAAAUGAAUUCCGAGCACGGAAUCUGGAAAGAAUCAAUAAUAGAGCCUUCCCGUCAUG